CUGUCAUUUUCCAGAUUUUCGGUCUUACAAAAUUCCCGGUCAUUACCCGGUUUCUGGAGUUUGAAGUUAAUAAAACACAUUUUUACUGUUAAUUAAUAAAAAUAAGCCAUGAUUGGUUUUAGUGAUUAACCAUCUAUUUCGACUAGAAAUGAAUUUGACAUUUUUUCAAAGAAGGACUCUUGAAAAAAUUUGUUUAGGCUUGCGUGAAACCUAGGAGUUUUCCUGAAGAUGUAUCCAACACAGUUACUUGUCCUUAUAAUAUACUUUUAAUAAAAAUUUGUAUAAAACGACAACAAGUAAGGUGGCACAAUUUCUUUACAAGCGAGUAGAAUUACGAGUAGAACGAAGAAAUAUCAAAUUUUAAGAAUUUUUGUACAAACAAGAAGUAUGCAGUUUAAGAUUAUUGAAUAUGAUUCGUGAUUUUUUUAAAAGGAAAAUUGCAGCAGUAGUUCGGAAAGCUCCCAUAAUUCGUCCAAAAAGAAAAACGAUAAGCCUAAUAAUUUUGAGGACUCAUCAGACUGGUCCUCGUCCGAUUCUUGCGAGGAUUAUAUUGAAGAUACGACUAAAGGAGAUGAAGGUAGAAUAAAAAAUGAUUUGCAACGCAUUAAAACCGCAGUUCGAGGCAGAAUGAAUCGAUUGCAACAUGUCCGUCCAAGCUCUGAAUACUGAAUGUACUUCACAGAGCAUGGGAGUAGAUGUAAAUUCAGACGAAUGUGAGGACGUCGAUGCUCCUAUAACGUGGACAUCGAAUUUUAUGAACACCUUGAAGUCCAUUGUUGAAAUGCAUGCUUUUGUAGAGGAAGAUGAUGAGACGCGAAAUGAAACUUGCAGGAAAAUUGAAAAUAUAAACGUGCAGAUAAGAGAAUUGGAUUUAAAGGAAGUUGAAAGAAAUGUUGAAGAAGCGCAAGGUGACUGCGACGAAGAAUUCGAACCAAAUAGAAAUCAGUUUCAGAAAUUGCACGAGUUUCUAAAUAAAGAGGAAAUUUAUACUCCUAUAGAUGUUCCUGUUAAAGUUAACGUAGCCGAACCAUUGUUGAUGCUGAUAAAGUUCGCUUUAGUAAGUUGCAUAGGUUUUUCCACUGUUGCUAGUCUGUUCAUGCUGGUGGUUCCCAUACUGACCAAUACAGGUACACCUUCGAAGGAUCCUCUACAUGAUCCUACGUACAAUCCUAAGUAUUAUGAUCGUACAUCGCAUCCUCAAAGUUUCUGCGUUGGAAGCAAGGUAGCCCUAAAGGUAGAAAUCAGAAACGAUAUGAAAUUUGAUCCUUUCUUUGAAGGACAAUAUGUUAUAGAAGAAUUGAUUGGAGAAGCUAAUGCUCAAAUUAGGGUCGAAAGAACGAAUAAACUCAAAGUCGUUAAUUUAGAUAAGCCUCAAUUAGUGGCUCAUCCUCUUCAAAAAUAA